AUGCAACCGCAGAAAAACAAAAAGGCCAAAAAAAAAAUAAAAAAAAAAUCAAACAAGAGAAAUAAAGCUUUAGCAGAAUUCCAGUGAAAGAGGCAAAACGUCGAACACAUGGCGUGCAGAAUGGUGCUGCGAACUAUGAUCUCUACAGAGCCAUGGUUGCUGCCGAGCUCUUCGAACCGGUUUCCUCCCUGUGGGCCAUUGAAGUCCCAACAUCAGAAAAUGGGUUCGAGUUAUCGGGUCACCCGAACCCAUAACAUCCACUUCCAUCGGCUUAGUUGUUCUUCCCAGGAUGACCAGGGCCCACCUCAAGAAGCUGUGCUUAAAGCCAUUUCAGAAGUUUCAAAGACAGAAGGAAGGGUUGGACAAACUACAAAUGUCGUUAUUGGAGGGACAAUAGCAGGAGAUUCUACUGAUGAAUGGCUGGAUUUGGAUCAAAAGGUGAAUUCGUACCCUACGGUUAGAGGAUUUACAGCAAUUGGAACUGGUGGUGAUGACUUUGUAAAUUCUAUGGUUGUUGCUGUUGAAUCAGUUCUUCAACAACCCAUCCCUGAGGGACAAGUAAAGCAGAAAAUGUCAUCAAGGGGCAAGUAUGUAUCUGUUAAUAUUGGACCUGUGCAAGUCAUGUCUAGCGAACAGGUGCAAGCAGUGUACAACGCCAUGCGAAGGGAUGAUCGGAUGAAGUACUUCCUUUAGGUUAGAUUUUGUUCCUUUUUUGAUAAAUUAGAUAAUCCCCCAUUUGUUCUUCAGCUCAUGUAAAGUGUAGUAAUAUGUUGUAACAUGUAAUAGACUUCUGCGAUGUAUAUUGCUGCAACCAAACACAUUGCCUGCCUUUGCAUUGUUUUUUCUUUCA